CAUUUCUCUCCUCAUUUUUAACACUAAAAAUAGCACUAAAUAAAUACUAUUAUUAUUAUUUUAUAUACUAAUCAUAUAGGAAAAAAUAUAGUGUAUACAAUUAAUUGGGAAGGAGAGAGCGCUUUGUUUAAGCAGAAAGUGGGGGGGAAAAAAGGGGGGAAACGGAUUUGUCUGAGAAGAUGAGCGGUGGGGGGUUUAGGGUUUCAUCAAUCCCCAACAGUGUGAGGAAAACGAUCCAAAACAUAAAAGAGAUCACGGGUAAUCAUAGUGAAGAUGAGAUUUAUGCAAUGCUUAAAGAAUGUUCUAUGGAUCCCAAUGAAACCGCUCAGAGGCUCCUCCUUCAGGAUCCUUUUCGGGAAGUCAAAAGAAAGCGUGACAGGAAAAAAGAGAGUUUGAACAACAAAGAGUCUGCAGAGUCUCGGUGGCGACCUGGUUCACAGGGAAGGGGGACUAGGGGUGGCCGAUGGAAUUUUCCUCCUCGUUACGCAGCUGAGGCCGGUGUGUCUAAAAGUUCUGGUCUUGGGUGGGACAAUGGAACGAAUCAAGUUGCAGAGAAAGGCAGUGGUCAAUCCUUGUCAACCUUGCAGGAGACGAAACCUAAGGAAUCUACUCACAUUGCAUGUGCUGUAUCUGCAAUGGCCAAUGGCCCUACUGGUGUUGUGGCUGAAACCUUUUCUGCGCCUGCAAGAAAAGCUGCCAAUCCACCUCAAGAAAAUUCGUCUGUUGGUAACAGUGGGUACGGGAGUGCACCAUCCCCUGUUGAUGCAAUAAACAAGCCCAAUGUUGCAUUCGGAAGUGGGGACAUGAGUAGGCAGCCAGCAGAAGGCUCAAGUGACUGCUUCAUGUCUACUACUCCAGCAUCUUCAUCAGCAAUCUGCUUCUCGUCUUCAGAACCUGAACUAGUUCCAUCCAAUGUUCCUCAGCUCCCUGGCACUUCAGACACCAUCAAAGGUGAAAGCAACCAAGCUUCUACAGAACCAAACGCAGUUAUUCCUACUGAAAAAAAAUUAGCACCCAUCUCAUCAUCAGAACCUGCAUCAGUUCCAUCUAAUGUUUCUCGUCUCUUUGGCUCUUUGGACACAAUCAAACACGAAAUAGGAAACAACCGAGCUUCUACAGUACGAAAUGUAGUUAUUCCUACUGAAAGCAAAUUAGCAUCUGCUGCUACUGAGCUUAGUAGCUUCCUGCAAGGAAAGAUGCCUAGCAAAUCCCCUGCAGUUGUAAAACAUCCACUGGUUGAGUCUUUUCAUCCUUCAUCUACAGCAACCCAUGGUUCCUCUGCAGCUAGGCCUUCAUCCAAUUAUAAUGGUCGCUCACAACAAAUAAUUGGCCCUCAGAAAGUUGGUUCCAACAAGGAGUGGAAACCAAAGCCAGUAAUCUCUAAUGUUGGGCUAGGUGCUGGAACGGCAGGUGCAUCUGAAGUUCCUAGCGGUUCACUUGAAACUGAUCCUCAGUCGUCGCCCGUUUCAAAUGUUCUCAACUCAGAAGUAGACACUUCAAAAUUGCAGAAAAAGUUAGAGGAAUUACAUUUCCCACAACGUCAACAUGUAAUAAUUCCCAACCAUAUUCAUGUUCCGGAAUCUGAAAGAACCAAGCUGAGUUUUGGAAGUUUUGAUGCUAGUUUUGGAGUAGCAUUGAACUAUGUCGGUGGUCAGGAGAGUUAUAAGUGUUCUACACCUUUGUCUGAGGCUUCUCAAGAUGUAAAUGAGACUGCAGAGGAACAUGGUUCAAGCAAUCAAAAUGCAUUGGAUACUGCAGAGGAAGAAGAUUGCACUGAUCGUCCUCAAUCACCUACACAUGCACCUGGAAAUUUGUCUGGUGAUGGUGAUAUUGCUAGUUCCAUUCCAGAGAAUAAUGACAAGCUGGAGAACGCAUUCCUCUCUGGAAGCCAUCAAUACUCUGCAGUAACAUCUCCCAACUAUAGUUUUGGAAUUGUGCCUCCUAUGUUAGCACCAUUCGGAAAUGCUGAAUCUCAAGCACGUGAAGUUUCUCGCCUUUCAAGCUUUGUUGUUCCUCAGCCAUUUGACCCGGCAGCUUAUUACACCCAAUUCUACCGUUCAAGUGCUGAUACCGAUGGUCGUGCUUCUCCUUUUGCCUCUGGAGUUGCUACAAAGUACAAUGGGAAUGUUGCAGUUCUUCCUCCACAGACUUCUCAGUCUCCUCAAGAGGGUGGAAACUCUUUGGUACUGACUACAGGAAGUUCAUCUCCGAUAGUGACUCAAGCUGCUGGGAUGAUGCAAAGUUCUAUAGCUGUGACUCAGCAACCAGUCCCUGUCUACCGAUCAGCAGCUGGGGUGCAUUUACCACAUUAUCCUCCAAACUACAUUCAAUAUGCCCCCUUUUACUCUCCUUUUUAUGUUCCUUCUCCUGCGAUCCACCAAUUUAUAAACAACGGGGUGCUUCCUCAACAACCGCAGACUGGUACUGUUUAUCCUACUGCACCAGCAGCACCAACUACAGGAGUCAAAUUUUCACUUCCUCAAUUGAAGCCCGGAAGUAAUACACCAAAUUCUGCUCACAUUGGAAUGCCAAGUGGUUAUGGACCAUAUGGCUCCUCCCCAGCCGGUUAUAAUCCAAGUUCUGCUGCGACGAUUGGAAACUCAACAACAAAUGAAGAUCUUGGUGGUGCUCAGUUCAAGGAAAACAAUGUGUACGCCGGUGGGCAGCAGAGUGAAGGUUCAGCGGUAUGGAUUGCCCCCCCUGGGCGGGAUAUGUCCAACCUGCCAGCAAGUUCAUUCUAUAAUUUUGCCCCUCCAGGUCAGAAUGUAACUUUUCCUCCGACACAAGUUCCUGGCUCAUUUGCUGGUAUAUAUCAUCCACAAACAGCAACAGCUGCAGCUGUUCAUCCUCUUCUACAACAGGCUCAGACUAUGGCUGGAGCUGUUAAUAUGGGGGGAUCUGCUGCCGGUGUUUAUCGGCAACCUCAGCAUGCACAGAUGAACUGGCCCAGUAACUACUGAAACAGUGACAGAUGUCUUUUUUUUUUGUAAACCAACCAACCAAUACAUUCAAUAUCCAGUCUUAAGAGUAUUUUUGGGAACUCCAAUAGGUUUGAAUGGAAGGGAGCACCAAGAAGAUACAUCAUUGGCCAGAAUUGAAAAAGUGUAAAUCCGUUCGAGGCCGAAA